AUGGCUGCUCCAAAGAUAUCUUUUGCCAAUCACUUAGACGUCAGUGUCACGGUCUACGACUCAUUCAGUGACCAAGACAAGACCAACUACUUCGGCACCUUGACCUCCAUUGCAACUGUACCCCCAAAGACUACAACUUCACUGCAACUCAAGCACCCAACCUCAGUGCUGAUCGUUAGUGAUGCAAAGACUAACUCCCCCCUUGCACGCAUCAUUUACUUGCAAGAUGUGAGCACUGGCCCAUUUGCCGUCGGUGAGGCCGAUGUUAAGGCUAUGGCUCAAACCAUGGCGUUCAUCACUUUCAUCACCAAUAAUAAGAACGACCCGCUUACGCAGACCUUCAAUGCUAUCUGGAAAGAUACAUCCAAGCCACAAGUCACGCCCGUGAACAAGUUCUUUGCUCAGCAUGAGCAAUACAAGAGCUGUACGUUUGCUACGUACAUGAUGGGUAUCACAUACACAGCCGAGCAACCUGAGUCCAAAGGCAAGCCUAUGGACCAGGCCUUGUACUCACUGAGUACUCUCGCGACGCUUCUGGGCGCAACAUGGCCAGAGUUUCUUCCGGAUAUUGUGGUGACCAAGUUUACUUGCAAUACCAAUAAUGAUAUCCUCGCUCUUCAAGCCGGGAUAGACCUGAAGAAGCUGCCUGCUCAGUCAGAUGAGGCACUGCAGUUCUUUGGGUCACUGUUCAACGUCCAGCAUCUCCAGGUCUCAGUCAUGUUUAAUUACGCUGUGGGCUUGAAUAUAUUCGGCACUCGUCUGUCUAUCAGCCUUGAUGCUAUGCAUGUACCCUUUGGAGACGCGGGAACCUUGAACAUCAAUAAGCCCACUGCCACCAUUGACAUCAACCCACUGUUCAAGUUUGUUGUCUUCACCGUUACUGGCGAAAUGCCGUUUGAUAUAUUCGACAACAAGUUUGAGGCAGAUUUGUCUAUGACCAUCGACAACAUUGAGGCCGCCUUUGGUGUAGUCAUCAAAGGAGACAAGAGUCCAUUUCCGGCACCACCAGUCAUGAAGGGCGUGCACUUUGACUCCUUUGGCGUUGGCAUCGGAAUCAUCUUCGAGCCUCCAAGUGCUGCUAUUGGCUUAUCAGGUCAACUGCACAUCGGUGACGCUGGUAACAACACCAUCGUGCCACUUGACGAUGACUCGUUCGUGGUUGUCUGCCAGUUGAUAGAGGAGGUGCCGAACCCGCUAUACAUCUCCUUCUACGUGCCCAAGAUGCACCUCACGGAUGUGUAUACAGUCUUCACAAACGCUCAGUGCCCUGUGGACGUACCGGUGUUAUUCUCCGACCUUUCCUUCCAGUGGUCUGAGAACCCCAUGGAACCUGUCGUGUUGCCCGACGGAUCCCUUUCCAACAUGGGCUACGGCUUCAGCGCAGCAGCCGACAUCUUUGGCUUUGACUUCUACGGCGACGUGGAACUUGAUCUUGCCAACGGCGUGAAAGCUGACAUUGAGAUGUCACCCUUGUCGCUUGGUAAUAUAUUCUCGAUUAAGGGAGAUGGCACCGGCGUCAGCUUGAAGGUGGAUGCUAAUGGCAACCCCAUUAAGAACAACCAGAUAAUCACCAAGGCGGCUCAGAAACAGGCUCUCCAAAAUGCUACGAUGAAGCAGAUGGUGCCUCCGGGUGGCGCAGUCCUGAAGAUUCAGACGCUCGCCUCACCCUUUCUGCACCUGAACGGUGCUAUCAAUUUAUUCGAGGUCGAGAAUUGGCAUCUGGAUGCUGAUAUCACCUCGGACGGCAUCAAGUUCGACGUGGGCUUUGGAGGCAUCUUGACUUCCAACAUGAGCUGCACACUGUCCGAUUUCCACAACCUAGCAGCCUCAUUCCAAUACGGCCUCAACGACACUAUUUCACUACCCUCAAUCGGCGGAAUAAGUCUCGGAUCUUUGCCUUUGCAAGCGCUGGUCGGUGCGCACUUUGCACUAAACACAAGCUCGUCAGAUAUCGCUCUGUCGGUUGGGGGUAGCUUCGAUUUCGAAGGCCUGACGCGCAAUUUUGGCGACUUCACAGCUGACGUCAACAUCUCAAGCGUAAGCGAUCUACUCAACGCCAUUCUUAACAACAUCGAGAGCAACGCCAGCCAGAUAUUCGGUGACCUGUUAAACCAAGCUGGCGCUUGGGCCAACAGGGUCCAACAGACUGUCAUCACAGGUGUUGAGAACGUCGCAAGCGUCUUGCAAACUGCCUUCAACCAAGACGCCAACGAAGCAGCCACUACUAUGAAACAAGCAGGUUUCGCCGCCAACACUAUAGCAGAUGGUCUGAAAACUGCCUAUGGCUUGUCUGCCACCGCUGUUGCGCAAACCCUGCAGCAGGCAGGAUUCGCUGCUCAAGAAGUAGCGUCGGCUUUGCAGAGUACGUUUGGCAAUGAUGCUAAGAUGAUAGCAUCGGCUAUUCAGACGGCGUACGGUUGGAGUGCUGACCAGAUUAACGGCUUGUUGGGUGAUAUUGGUUUCAGCGCUGAUCAGAUCGGCCAGGCGUUCCAACAGCUCGGGGGAGAAUUUGAAGAUAUUGGAAAUAAGAUUCUGCAUGGCCUUGAUCCUUCGAACUGGCCGAACCCAUUUGGUGGCGGUGGUAUUUUUGGUGGGGGUGGCAUCUUUGGUGGCGGGUUUCCCUAG